AGGAGGAAAAUUAGGGCAGCAACAGCACGCAAAGAGCGAUUAUGGCCAGAUGGUGUAAUCCCAUACGAUAUAUCAGAUAAUUUUACAGGUGAACAUAAGCGUUUAUUUCAGAGGGCUAUGCGGCAUUGGGAGAAUAAUACAUGCAUUACGUUUAUACCACGGCAACCGGAACAUCACAAUUAUAUUGUUUUUACCGUUGAUAAAUGCGGGUAA